AUGGCAAAGGAGUACUGGGACGUGGCAUGUAACAUAUGUGUAUCGCUUUGCCUGAUAGUGGGGCUGUCCAUGGAAAGCUUUGUAUGCAAGACUGCGAACUGUGCAUUUUUCUUGAGCUCGAUGCUGUUUAUUUCGAUAGUUCUGAUGCUGUUCAACCUUGCGUCGAUGGUAAGAGCAAAGGCAAAGAUGACACUCAUUUCUGCAUAUAUGGGAUCGAUCUGUGCCCUGAUGGAUGUCAUGACUGUGUUUAUGUACACAAAGAUUCUGAGUACAAACUCUCUGUUCUUCUGCCUGGCUUUUGUAAUGUACCAGAUAACGGUCUCGAUCCUGACCUGUUUCAUUCCAUUUGCAACUUCAACCUUCAUGGUUUGGAUAUGCGCCACGUUUCUCCGCCCUCUGUUUGAUCUAUGGUUUGUGGAGGAGCAUGGGUUUUCAAGGUCUCAGGUUCCAGAGUUCAUGAGGUACUACGUCACAAAUGGAUCCAUGAACAUAGUUUUCUUCAUUCCGGUGCUCGGGUUCAGAACGAUGUUUGUGGAGUUUUUUGGGGAUGUCGAAAACAGGGAGUCGUCCAACUUCUUCAAUUCCCUAACAAUGGUUGCAAUUGGGGCGAUGCUGGCGUUUUCCGAUGCGCCCACAUUUGCAGAGGAGCUUCGCCGAAUAGAAGGGGUUUCUGCUCCGUUCCUUGUAUCCAACAGCAUUCUUACAGGAUCUUUCCUGAUUUCCAGGUGGAACAAGAAGACCACCCUUGUCUCCGUGUAUCCAUCGAUGUCUGUACUGUUCAUGAUAACAUCUGCGAUGUUCUGUUCGACGUCAAUGCCUUGGUUCUGGAAGAAGACGAUUCUCGAGGAUGCUCUGAACGCACCGUAUCUCUUUUACCUCUUCAUGUUUUCUCUGUUCACUCUCUACAUCCUUGCUGCGUACAAGAGCAGCAUCACGUCCAGGCCCACUAGGGAUGGAUUCAUACCUGGAGCGACAUGGUGGCUGUGGGGAUAG